UUUGCAGGCGCCGCCCCCGGGCGCGCAGUCCGCGCCGGAGCGUCUCGGCUGUGGCCGCGGCCGUUAUCGUCGCCUGGCGCUGCGGUGGCUCUCGGGGUUCUGGGAGGGUAGCGGCGGCCCGUCGUCGGUGGCCUCUGGAGCCGGCCUGCGAGGGGACAGGGAGGCCGGAAAGGUGGCUGUCGUCGGCCGGCUCCUUCGCGAUUGCAGUCCCGGGUUGCAGGGUCCGUGCUGCCCCGGGGCGGCGGCCGGCUGGGAUGGCAAGAUAGCGGCGCGGGAGCGGCGGGACUGACGGCACAGCACAGACCAUGGGUGUUUAUUCCUGGUGGAAGCAGCCAUCCUGGAUGGUGGGCAGUCAGAGAAGGAGAAUGACUCCAAACUUGCCAUGGCUCCUGUCGGCACUCACGCUUCUGCAUCUGACCGUGCAAGCAAGUAUUCUGAAGAGGGGAGCAAUUCAGAAUCUGAAAUGCACAACCAACAAUAUGCAGGUGUGGGACUGCACGUGGACAGAGCCCCUUGAGUUCAGCUCAGGAACCGUUAAAGAAGUUUGCAUUAGAGACAGGCUCCGUUCUUGUCAUCGAUUAGAGACAACAAACAUUAAAAUUGCAGCCCUUUCACCUGGUGAUCAUGAAGUAACAGUAAAUUACCUGAAUGGCUUCCAAAGUAAUUUCACCCUGAAUGAAAAAGAUGUUUCUUUCAUUCCAGAUGCUCCUGAGGUUUUGAGUUUGUCUGCUGACUUCGCGACCUCCACGUUACACCUGAAGUGGACCGACAAAGGCUCUGCCUUUCCAUACCCCUUGAAGGUCACCUGGGAGGUUAAGGUUCUACAGCAUCCGCGUAUGGAACCCAUAAAAUCAGAGUCCUUCAACACGACACUGAACGGUAGAGAUACAGUUCACCAGUGGAGCUGGACCUCCGACCUGCCCCUGGAAUGCGCUCCUCACUCUGUGGGGAUCAGACAGUACAUCAACCAUCCCCGUUUCCCUGGCUAUAAAGAGUGGAGUGCCUGGAGCCUCCUGAAGAACAUUUCUUGGACUCCUGAUUCCGAGACCAAUGUUUUUCCUCAAGACAAAGUGAUUCUUGCAGGCUCAGACAUAACGUUUUGUUGUGUCAGUCCAACAAAAGUGCUGUCAGGACAGAUUGGCAAGACAUUCUGUCCUCUUAUCCAUCUUUAUGGGGAAAACGUUGCGAUCCGUAUCCAGAACAUUUCUGUUUCUGAAAACAGUGGAACAAAUGUGGUUUUCACAACAGAAGAUAAUGUGUAUGGGACGGUUGUCUUUGCAGGCUAUCCACCCGAUGUUCCUCAGAAACUGAAUUGUGAGACGCAUGAUUUCAAAGAGAUUAUAUGCAGCUGGAAUCCGGGAAGGCCAACAGGGCUGGUGGGACCACGAAAUACAGACUACAUUUUAUCUGAAAGCAUUUCGGGAAAAUCCGUCGUGCUUAAAAGAUUUGAAACACUUACAAAUGAAAGCUGUCGUUUAACCUUCCAAAUGCUUCCCGACCAAGAAAUCUAUAACUUCACCCUGACUGGUCACAACCCACUGGGACGAGCAGAAUCAGUAAUAUUUAUCAACGUAACUGAAAGAGUUGCUCCUCAUGUGCCUGUUUCGCUGAAAGUGAAGGACAUCAAUUCAACAGUUGUUACACUUUCCUGGCAUUUGCCAGGAAAUUUUGCGACGAUUAAUCUCUUGUGUCAAGUUGAAAUUUGUAAAGCUAAUUCGGAACAAGAAGUGCGGAGUGCCACAAUCAAAGGAGCCGAGGAUUCAAGUUAUCUUUUGGCCGUGGACAGAUUAAAUCCAUACACUGUGUACACCUUUCGGGUUCGCUGUUCUACUGAAACCUUCUGGAAGUGGAGCAAGUGGAGCAAUGAAAAGAGACAUUUGACCUCAGAAGCCACUCCUUUAAGGGGACCAGAUACUUGGAGAGAGUGGAGCUCCGAUGGAAAGAACUUAAUUAUUUAUUGGAAGCCCUUGCCCAUUAGUGAAGCUAAUGGAAAGAUUCUUUCCUAUAAUGUAUCGUGCUCAUCAAAUGAGGAGACCCAGUCCCUUUCUGAGAUUCUCGAUCCUCAACACAGAGCAGAGAUGCAGCUGGAUAAAAACGACUACAUCAUCAGUGUGGUGGCAAAGAAUUCUGCUGGCCCAUCGCCACCUUCUAAAAUAGCCAGUAUGGAAAUCCCGAACGAUGACAUCAUAGUAGAACAAGCUGUUGGAAUGGGAAAGAGGAUCUUCCUCACCUGGCAUCCUGACCCCAACAUGACCUGUGACUACGUCAUUAAAUGGUGCAACUCGUCUCGUUCUGAGCCUUGCCUCAUGGACUGGAUAAAGGUUCCUUCAAACAGCACCGAGACUGUAAUAGAAUCUGAUCAAUUUCAGCCAGGAGUGAGAUAUAAUUUUUACCUCUAUGGGUGCACUCAUCAGGGAUAUCAAUUGUUGCGUUCUGUAAUUGGAUACAUAGAAGAAUUAGCUCCAAUUGUCGCACCGAAUUUUACCGUGGAAGAUACGUCUGCAGAUUCGAUCUUAGUAAAAUGGGAAGACAUCCCUGUGGAAGAGCUCCGCGGUUUUUUAAGAGGGUAUUUGUUUUACUUUCAGAAGGGAGAGCGAGAUACACCUAAGACAAGGAGUUUCGAGACGGGUCAUUCUGACAUCAAGCUGAAGAAUAUCACUGACAUAUCCCAGAAGACGCUGAGGAUUGCCGAUCUUCAGGGAAAAACCAGUUACCACCUGGUCCUGCGAGCCUACACGCAUGGCGGCCUGGGUCCAGAGAAGAGCAUGUUUGUGGUGACCAAGGAAAACUCUGUGGGACUAAUUAUCGCCAUCCUCAUCCCAGUGGCUGUGGCUGUCAUUGUUGGCGUGGUGACAAGCAUCCUGUGCUAUCGGAAGCGAGAAUGGAUUAAGGAGACAUUCUACCCUGAUAUUCCCAACCCAGAGAACUGUAAAGCCUUACAGUUCCAGAAGAGCCUCUGCGAGGGAAGCAAUGCUCUCAAAACAUUGGAAAUGAACCCCUGUACUCCAAAUAAUGUCGAAGUUCUGGAAUCUCGAUCAAUAGUUCCUAAAAUAGAAGAUACAGAAAUAAUUUCCCCCAUGGCUGAGCGUCCUGUGGAGAGCUCUGAGGCGGACCCCGAGAACCACGUGGUUGUGUCUUACUGCCCACCCAUCAUCGAGGAGGAAAUAGCGAACCCCACAGCAGACGAAGCGGGAGGGACUUCCCAGGUGGUGUACAUUGACGUUCAGUCCAUGUACCAGCCUCAAGCCAAACCAGAGGAAGAGCAGGACAGUGACCCCGCGGUGGCGGUCGGCUAUAAGCCGCAGAUGCGCCUCCCCAUUAACUCUGCUGUGGAGGACACAGCCGUGGAAGACGAAGCCGAUAAGGCUGCGGGCUACAGACCUCAGGCCAAUGUGAAUACUUGGAAUUUGGUUUCUCCAGAUUCCCCAAGGUCCACAGACAGCAACAGUGAAAUUGUCUCUUUUGGAAGUCCAUGCUCCAUCAAUUCCAGGCAGUUUUUGAUUCCUCCUAAAGAUGAUGACUCUCCUAAAUCUAAUGGAGGUGGGUGGUCCUUCACAAACUUUUUCCAGAACAAACCAAAUGACUAACCCGGCACCCUUUGCCCGUUCAGUCUGCCAUCUCAACGUCCCGGCAGUAGCUGGGGCAUUCAUUCCUGGAGGGACUCAGCGAAGGUGGUGGAGAGCCAGAGACCUUCCCUCCGGGCAAGUGACACUAGAAGCGAUAAUGCGCUUUUAAUGUACCCUAAAAGCCCAAGUCCAGUGACUUGGAAACCUCAGCCACAGAAACUCAAGAUUUGAAGCUGUUUUUGAUUGAGCCAAAGAAUCCUCCAGAAGGAUUUCACGACUAACUCUGCCUAGUUCAUAUAUGCAAAACAAAUCUCAACAACUGUCUGUUGUUACUGGUUUUCUCGUCUUUGUAUGUUACGAAAUUCCAAGUGGAUUUACAGGCCAGGAAGAAAAAUGGACAAGUCAAAAUAACGCUACUUCGCCUGACAUUUACUGCGGUCUAGAGGAAAACCAAGCACAGAUUUUAAAACUUUUAUGAUGCCUCUAUCCUCAGCAUUUACAAAAGCGAGUCUAGUUUUUAAUGUAGCAACCGCUAUCUGGUGUUCUGCUUGGUAGAGUGUGCCGAUGUCUGUGCCUGUCUGGUAUUCCAGUUGUCGGAGCGUGCUGAUUUCUCUGCCUACUGUAUAACGGUUACCAAACAGUUGUCUCAGGGGUACAAACUUGGAAAAACAAGUGUGACACUGACCAGCCCGAAUCAGAAUCACACUGUCCUGCUUUAGCAGGGUGUGAAAACCUUUUUCCUGUCACGUAGCUGGCACGCUGGCUUCCGUUGGGCAGCCCGUUGUCCUCAUGUUGGAAAUUUCUAGAACUAGCUCCAGAUUUUCUCUGCAUUUUUGUUUUGUGUUAUGGUGUCUGCUUUGUAAGAACAAAGUCAACAUUAUUCAUGAGUAUAUAGUUGUGAUGAGUUACUAUGUAAGAUGACUACUAAGAGCUAACUACUGGUGCGUGCUGACCCCAAGCUCUGAUAUGGCUCUGCUCCCCUGAGAAGGUUUGCCAUCCACCUGACCAGUAGAAAAUGAUGAUCUUUGGGGUCUCUCGGUAGCUUUCUCCUGCUCACGAGCCCCAGCCCCUCCUCCUUCAGGCAAUUAGUGGUCCAGACUCUCAGACCCAAUCCUCACAUCCGUAAGCUUAAACCUAAAGGGAGAUCAUUUCUCCCCAGAGCAGCUAGUAAAUGGUGACUUUAAUAGAAGUCGUAACGCUUACGGAAUGGCUGGGUAGUGGCCUGUGGUUGCUCUGUGAGCCAUGAAGAGCCGGGUCCGAGCACAGCACCCUCCAUCUAUCCUGGUUUCUCAUCAGCAAUGUGUAUAGUGAAUGAGAGUCUCAGAAAAGCAGAGUAAAAAUCUAAAUGUAUGUAGUGUGUUUGUAUUUGCUCUGCCCUUUAUUGUCAAGUGUGUAAGUAUGUGAGUUUGAAACACCUGAGUAGACCUUUGUUCUGUAUUAUCUGAAGUCCCCCAAACUGUGCAGAUAGUGAAUUUAGUGAAUUGGAUUUUUAGUUCCUAUUUAAUCUCUUUUUACUUUUACUCCUUCCUUCCUUCCUUCCUUCCUUCCUUCCUUCCUUCCUUCCUUCCUUCCUUUUCUCCCUCCCUCCCUCCCUUAUCCUUCCUUCUUUUUUCCUUUUUUGAGACAGGGUCUCAUUAUGUAGCUCUAGCUGUCCAAGAACUCACUGUGUGGACCAGGGCUGGCCCCAAACUCACAGAGAUCCACCUGCCUCUGCUUCCUGAGCUCUGGCAUUAAAGGCGUGUGCCACCAUGCCUGGUCUCAUAUUUUCUCUUUUAAAAAGUCAUGUGGAAAAAAAAUGCAGGAUGACAAGGGAUAAAAUCAGAUAAUCAGUGCAUGAUCCUGUUUUUAACCCCAGGUUGCAGCUACAUUUUGGAGCUUCGUGAUAUGAUGGUUUGUGGAGUGAAAUCAAUUAGUUAUGCAUUUAUAUAAUAAAUAAAAGGUAGAUAAUAACUCUUAGAAAUUUUCAGUAAUGAAAAAUAUUCCAAACUAGAGUCAUCUCCCAACAGUUUAAUUUGUUCCUUGUGCCUUCCCUCUCUGGAUCCUUUCUUGACUCUCCACCCAGCUCUGAGCCCUGGCUGCCGCCUCCCCUACCACAUCUUGUUAAUGCUCUGCGCGCCUUCAGCCUAUGCCUCAUUCCCCACUGAAGCUUAGCAGUUUUAUCUUCCAUCUAGUGGAGAUGAGUGUCAGGGAAGGUAGUAGCUCAUCCUUCUGAACUACAUCAACCUGAGAACACAAGGAGCGGUCGGAGGAAAUGGACUUAUCCUAUCAUCAAAACAGGCCCCUUUCAUGUGAGGGACAUUUAGAACACUGCUCAUCCUACCCUGCCUCUGAAUUCCAGUCUCCAGGACCGCUAGGCCACUGAGAAACAGGGAUACCCGCAGAUCAUUUUAGGAAAACGUGGCUGGGGACUGAGGCUGAGGCAGAUGUCCUUGUCUUUUCCCAUUGGAUUGAAGACAGCCACAUCCCCAGGCAGUGUUGUUAUCUCUGCAGUUCCUGCUGAGUUGUGCUCCCAGAAGAAGCCUGGCAGGGAGAGAGCCGGGGAGAAAGGGACUUGCAGGGCAUGUUUCUGUAAGCCUGUUUCACUCCGAUUCCCCUGUGAGCAGUGGAGAUGUGGGGGUAAUCAUAAUACUCGGGAGUGGCCAUUUUCUAUCUUUAAUUUAAAGAUAGUCUUAAAUACUUGUCUAGGCUUUUGGCGUGAGAGCUGUGAGCUGUGUGCUGCGUUAAUUAGCACUUCUGUAGCUUCCGAAUUCUCCCAAUUGUUGAACUGGCAGUGUCCUGGAUUUGAGAUGGUUGUACUGCAUAUCUAGAAAGUUGAGUGUGUCCCUAUGCUGUGUGAUAGAGGUGCUUUUGUUCCUGCUGCUGGCAACAGAAGCAGCCAUUCAUUGGGAAGCUGGAGGGAGGAAGUGUCAGGCUCGUUUUCCAUAUUCGUGUUGCUCUCGCGGUUCAUGGAACUUGAAGGCUUGCAUUCAGAACACCGAGCACUGUCGUACACAGAAAUGGCAGAAAGUCGCCUUCUCAGACCUUGCAAGCUGAAGUCUUGUUAGAAAUCUCUCCUGCCCCAGUAAUUUAUCAAAUAUCACAGUCCUUUCUGUGUUAAUUAAAUGAAUGUAAUUUAGUGAAAGGCUAGAGAAUUUCUCCUCUCAAUGGGAAUUCGAAAUCAAUGUUGUGGUAUUUUUCAGUUAUAAAGUGCCCCUUAAUAUGUCAAUAGGCAGAAAGUAUUAUCUCCAAGUUUCUUACUGCUUAGGCAUUUAAUCUGGUGAAACUUCUUUGCACUAAGGUAACUUUUGCUGUUUCCUGUUUCAAACUGUGUUAGAAUUAGCGAAAUGCUUUCUCAAAGGAUUCUGGAAGUGUGAUCCUUGGCUUCCCAAGUGAAGCAUGGGGAAAGGGUCCUUAGCUGCUAAUGCCAGGCACACAGCGGCAGCCCAGUGGCUGUGUGCAUGGAGUUCCUCCGAAGUGUUCCAAAUUCAGCAGAAGGAUGGAAGGAUGCUAAAGAUUAAGAUGUAGCUCACAUAUAGCUGAGAGCUUAGAGUAUACGGUGGAAGCGGCCCCACAGUUGGAGGAAAAGCGGAAGACUCACCAGGCAUUUCUUUAGACACUGUCAGCAUACUUGGAACCAUGUGGGGUUUGUUUUUAUCAAACGAGCUUUCCAUCUGGAGACGCGUUUGUACCAACCUAGCAUAUGUUACGGCAAGCCAUGUGUGUGAGCUUAAUUGAUUAACAGAAGAACUCGUUCUCUUUGUAAGAUAUCUCAAGACAUUCCCUUUGAACUGAUAUUUCUGCUGAACAGCUUCAUGCUGCCAUACCUGUCUCCCUCUUGUACCCAAAGGCCAGGGGGUGGGGGAGAAGUGUGGCCAAACUUACAGGACACUAAUCUUUUAGAUAUAACCCUAGAAUUGCCUUCAAAUUCAUUUAGCCUGAACCAUGAUUCUGCCCCAGUGCUAUUUAUACUGCUAAAGCUUUUCAGUUAAACUAGAGUCGCUACAUUUUUUUUUUUUUACUCCUUUUCAAUUGCUGCUUUUAUCUUGGUAAACUGCAUGAUCAUGUUCAUGCUGAUUAUAAUACAGAUGAAUUAUUUCUAAAUGCAGGCAUAAAGGAUGAAGAAUGGCAUUCAGCUGAGCAAUAUCAAGUUUUCUUUCAUCUUGUUAGAGUUUCUGGGGUUGUUACUUGGUCUAGUAGCCACAUGUCUCUAAUUAUGAUAUUAGAUUAUGACUGGAUCCCCUUGAUUUUAACUAGAGUAGUGCCUGUUCUCCUUGCAUCAUGAAUGAUAAUUUUUGUCCAACGUGUAAAUAGAAUUUGCCGAAGUUAAAUUUUAACUGUGGUAUGCUUUUAUUAUAAAUAAACCAUAACUGAUUACACAUUAACUAGAUAUAAAUCCAUAAUAAUUUAUAUUACUUUCUGGUAGCUGGAACUGAAUCCCUUAAGAAUAAAAAAAUGCUGAGUAAAAAUGAUGAGGAAAUUAAUGUUUAUUACAUUCAUCUGUGUCUUCAAGAUCACCCUUGUGCUAGUCAAUCAGAACUUUAGAAGAAAUCAAACUAUUGCAGACAUUUUGCUGUACUUAUGCCUAAGAUAUUGGGUGUGUCUAAUUGGACGACUAUUUAAAGUUAUUCUGUUUUCUUAUGUGCACUUUUAUUGUUAAUUAUUCCAUUUUAAAUGGGCAGUUUCAACUUCUGAACCUACUUCCAGAUAUCCAGUAGCAUAUCCUCAAAUACCGAAAUAUUUUUAGGUGGUCAUCCAGUCUUCCUUAAGUCAGGGACAACGUAGUACUUUGGCAGGUGCUCACAGAACAAAAUGAAUAACAGCUUUCAGAUGAGUCUUCCUGUUGACUCCACAGGCCAUCACCUGUCCUCUCCUGGUAGGUCGAUUGUUAGCCCGUUCCUUCUGUUUAAUUUUCCUUCCAAUGUGUUAUGUAAAAAAGUAUGGAAUGCCGUGGUGAAGCAUUGAAGAGAAAAAACCCUGUUCAGCUCCUUAUGGUAGGGGAGGUAUGGUGGGGUAUCCUGAGACGGAGUAACUGCUGAACAACAUCGCGUUCAGAGUCGUUCCAAAAGAUUGUUCUGGAUAGAAACAGAUAUGCAGAGUCUGAGAUGGUUCCAACAUACAGGCAUCUUCAAAGUAAGCCGUCUGCAAGCCCUCAGUGAUCCUAGAAAGAGGUUUUUUCAUUUUUUUUAAACCAAACCUUUCAUUAGUUGAUCAUAAGCCAUUAUCCCUGUAACACUAAAGAAAUUGUCAUUUUUUUCCUUUCAGAGUUGAAUUACAGUGCGUUACUGUUUACAAAAUACACAUACUGUGAACAGAUAGAAGUUUUUGUCUUUUAUAAGGUUUGUAGAGUGAAUGUUUUUUUUUUUCUCAAGAUGGUGUUAUGUUGAAUAGUUUUAGGUUUUUGUAAAUAGUGGCUGUUUGCUAACUUUCGUUUGGUCAGGUGUGUCUGUGUAGCUGGGAGAAGACAGACUUUACAGUUUCCCCUUUCCGUUUCCUGUUGAGCCACCACUACAGACAUUUUUGUGUUCACACAAGUGAUCGGUUAUGACGUGCAAUACUUAAAGUCAUGUUUCAUCCUCUAAGGAAUCUUUUAAAAAUGCAUUUACAGGAAGCAAACCAGAUUGAUGUGUGUCUCCGUGACUCGCAGAAUUCUGACUUGUAUAUGGAGUAAAACCAUACUCACAGAGAUUGCUAACCAAAGUAUUUGCAGCCUUGUGAAAUUUUGGAUAUGAUGUUACUGUUAGAAUGAGAAAUUUGAACAUUUUAUAUCCUAAUUUCAGAAUUUAGCUUCCACGUCUUUUGGGAAACAUGAUUAUCACAAGAACAUAGAAUAUGUAAAUAACCUAUUACUAAGACACUAUAUAAUACUAGUAUUGCUUGACUGUUAAUUCUAUAAAGAUGUUACCUAUGUCUGUUUUUAAAACAUGCAUGUAUUUAACAGUUUUAUCAUAGUAUUGUCAUGG